GUGCCGGCUGUAUUUUGGACAGUGACCUCAGCAAAACUCGGUGGUGCUGUCGUGCUACGCAGCGGCCUUCUGGACGUGCAGCCUUGCGGCUGCGAAGACCACCUGCUUCCUCUUCUGCGUCAUGCUCUAGUACAUUCCGAUACCCGGUGUGGUGAACAACUUCUACACAGCCGAGGCGGGAUGGUGCCCGAGGGGGGCGGGCGGCACUUCACACGCGUCCUCUACAGCACCAUUGCGUCUAUCAUUGGCGGCCUUGCUGGUGUUGCGGGCGUGGCAGCCUUCUUGCGCAUCUUCUCCAAGCCCAGCUACCGGUCCACUGCCCUUGUCGCCACCCUCGCACCGGUCGUCGCCUCCGUCUUUGGCUUUGUCACUGUCCAUCGCUAGAACCUCGCCAUCGUCACCCGCGACCACGCAAUGUACACAACGCGCGACGCCAUCGUGUAUGAGGCGUUCUCCUGCCUUGCUUGCGUGACGAUGGUGCUGCUGCUGUUGCAUGUCUGGCCGCGCGGCUCGGGGAGCAUGGUCUGCGCCAUCGUCGCCGGCAGCGGAAACCUUGGUGCGAGCACGGCGUACACGACGGGCUCGAUCCUUUUGGAGAAGGUGUAGCCGAUCGUGUCGAAAGGCGUGGCCACGUGCAACGCGGACCCCUUCGAAAUGCUGCCUGCUGUGGGGCAUUUUCCUUCUGCCGCCGCUGACGAAGCUGCUGAGCUUCCUGUUGAUCCCCUCUGCGCGCAUCUGCGACCACAUCGCUGUGGAGGGCCGCACUGCAAAGAAAGAGUCCAAUCGCUGUCAGGAGGAGGCAAGAUGGUUCGACGACCGGCG